ACACUAACUAAAAUUUAUCUAAAUAUAGUGUUUUGAUGAAUACCCCAAAAAUUAGAGAAUCGUUUGGAUUGGAUCACAAGUAUUUGGAGAGAUUCUUAGGAAAAAGAUGGGCUUCUCUCACGCCGUCGGUGUCGUCGGAGUUCUGAUUCUCGCACACGCCGCCUACUCCACUAUUCAGUAUAGAUCUUUGCUCAAAAUUACUGAAGAGCAGUUCACGGGGCCACCGAUCACUGUAGUUGUGGAGUUAGUUGCAGGAUUGUUUUUCUGUUUGUGGGCUGCUUUAACUGUGCCCGGCAAAUUCUUGUCGAUCCUCCCUCAAUCAGACGAGAACAGGGUAGUUGCCUUGCCUUUCAAUCUGGAUUUCAUGAUCUUCAAUCAUCGUGGAAAAGCUUUUUCUUUGGGUAUUGAUAUGAAGAUGAACUGAUCAUAUUAGAGGCACCAUUGCAUUUGGUUAAUAGUGAGAUCUAGGGAUCAAAAGUAACCGAAAACAGAUGUUACUUUUACUGAAACAAGAAGGUAUUGGCUUCAUCUGAGUGAGAUGAAACAAGGAUGUUUGUUUGCUAGUAGAGUCAGGUGCAUAGUUAGAAUCUUUUUUGUGGGCGUGUGCUGGUCUCAUUCUUUUAUGGCAUUUGUUUUUGUCUUAAGGUUUAUAGAUAGCUCGAGCAGAUUCUAUCUUGCAGAAAUUAUCUUCACAGAAGAUGAAUAAAGUAAUUUUUCGCUACA